CAGAUGGAAGCCCUCAACUUCCUACAAUUCAGGAAUUUGAGACGUCAAAUUCAAGACGCAGAAGAUGGACAGGAGCGAUACAUGAGGCUCCAGAAAUCUGGAGACUUGCUCAGCUGACAGUUUGCUGGAAGAAAAAAAAAAAAGAAAAACUCGGGCCAAAGUUCUCUUUCCAGUCUGAGUCUGUGAACUCUGAACUCCUCCCUCCAACUCUUCUGUAAGAUCUGGACAUAAAUGACUCGCCUAAAAAGCCUUGUGGCUUUCCUUGCCAUUUUGAGUGAACGUUAUUGUUACCAAGGGAACUCUGAUGAAGUGGGUUGCUAUGUGGCUGGCCAUCCUUUGUCAGAGGGAAAUUCUUUCUUUGAGGUGACAAUAGUGGAGUCAGGGGUUAGAGGGACCAUUGCUGUGGGCCUGGUGCCGAGAUUCUACAGACUGGACCACCAGCCUGGCUGGCUGCCACAUUCUGUAGCUUAUCAUGCUGAUAAUGGGAAGCUGUACAAUGGCAGCCCCGUUGGGAAGCAGUUUGGACCAAAAUGUACUCGCGGUGACCGCAUUGGCUGUGGAAUAGGCUCUGAAAAUUUGAACACGGGUCUUACAAAAAUCUUUUUUACCAAAAAUGGGGAAGAGGUGGGGUCAGUAGAGGUUGCUGUGUCAGCUGAGGGGCUGUUUCCUGCAGUGGGGAUGCACUCGCUGGGGGAGGAGGUAAAGGUUGACCUGCAGGCUGAGUGGCUCUCGGAGGAGGGGGACAGUAUGAUGAUGGUCGACAGCCAUGAAGACGACUGGGGACGGCUUUACGGCGUCCGAGUUAGUGGAGUGCUCCUGAAAUACGUUGGCAAAGGAAAGAGUAAUAUGGACGUUGGCUUGGCCCAGGCACGCCAACCCCUCACAACUCGCUGCCAUUACUAUGAAUUGGAGAUAGUUGAUGCUGGGGAGAAGUGCUUCAUUGCUCUGGGUCUGGCAAGCAGGGACUAUCCCAAGAACAGACACCCAGGGUGGAGCCCAGGUUCCAUCGCCUAUCAUGCAGAUGAUGGGAAGAUCUUUCAAGGAAGAGGGGCUGGAGAUGCUUUUGGUCCUCGCUGUUUCAGAGGGGACAUCAUGGGCUGCGGCAUCAUGUUCCCACGAGGCUACACCCUGGAUGGAGAAGGCGAUGCAGAUGACUGCGAGCGGCAGGAGAUUCGCCCAAAUGCAGCGGCCGUCCAGAACGUUCUGCACCUCAACGAUGAGGAAGAGGAGGAAGAGGAUGGGGACCGGGAAAGCCGGACGGUGACGGUGUUUUUCACCAGAAACGGGAAGCUCAUUGGCCGAAAAGACAUGGUAGUUCCACGUGGGGGCCUCUUUCCGACUGUCGGGAUGCUGAGCAGGGGUGAGAAGGUCAAAGUGGAUUUGCAUCCUCUGAGCGGAUGAGCCCCGAGAGCCGCACUGGACCUACAAGCAGCUGGCUGCACUGUAGAGUGUUUAGCCUAGCAUGCUGCCAACAGCAGCCCCCUCUCCUCAGUAGCACACAUGCAUGCCGCCGUCAUCGUCCUCCUCAUUGCAUGGGAUGUCACUCACGAAACCUGUCAAUUUUACAGAAAAGCGCUGCUGCAGAAUACCGAACCAGAACCUCCUGAGAAGCAUCCAGUGGUGAACUCUAUGCAAUCUGUCCAGCCAGUAUCCCCUCAUGUAGCCUCAGCCUCUAUGCACCAUGACUCUGGAGCAAUCUGAGCAGUGAAAUCCCUUUCAUGCGGUCUGGCACACUUACUUUAUUUCAUUUGUCACAACCCCAAGCAAAGCAGAGCACGGCCAGCCCUUGUGCCGAGUCAGAGCUCGCUGGAAGUUUAUGUUUCUGGGAAUCGAAGCCCCCUCCACAUCCCUUUUUCCCUUUUUCUAUGCUGCCUCUCCGCUCCGCUGUAGUCCUAAACCUCAUUUACUUAUCCUCUCCUUGGGGGAGGGCGCCCUCGCCUGGGUGAGCAGAGAACUGCAGCUGCUUCACUAAUGGUAAAACUGCAAUUUGCUAAAUGUGGAAUGUUUCUAAAGGAAAACUACGACGUAGUAUUAGGGCCACCAUGGGAAGAGACACAGAAAUGAUUGUAUGAGAAUAAAGUUAAUAAUUUAUGACAUCAAAGUGGUAAAAUCAUGAGAAAAAAAUAAUUAAGUCGUAAAACUGUUUGAAAACAGUCGACUAUUUACAAUAAUAAAAAAUUCUUGACAAAAAAAUCCAAAAUGUAUAAGAAUAAAGUCAGAAAUUAAGAGUAAAAGUAAACAAUUUCUGAAAAUAAAGUUGUAAAAUUAUGAGAAAAGUCAUUUAUAGUGAGAAGUACGUAAGUUAUAACAGAAAAACUUACAAGAUUCAAACAUGUAUGAAGCAAAAGGCUGUUUUCUAAGAAGAAUAGCAACAACACCAAAAUAAAACCGCUAUUGUGUUUCAGUGUGAGAGACGUGGAGUGCAUUAUAAGCGGUUAUGUUAGUAUUGGUUUCACAAAUAAGCAAAUACAAAGUCUUUUAGUGAAUUAAAAUUGCAUUAUUGUAACAUUGAAAAGAUUUAGCUGGAAAUUGGGCCUCUGCAGAGGAAAAAUGUCCCACAGAUCCGGGCGUCUUUCAGGGAGGAAGAAAUGGUUGGAUUUUGCCGGCUUUGCAUUUUCCCGAGACACGUUGAGACGGCCGAUGAAGAUCCUUGACCCACGCGUUUCUACCGUCGGCUGUAUCGCUGCAAAGAUCCAAAGGCAUCAUCAGUCCUGGAUUCCUGUGAUAGACUGAAAAUUGGCCAGAAAUGGUUGCAUUGAGGGAAUUUUAUUCAGGACGUGAUGUGGAUGGAGGCUUACACCACCACCUUUAUUUACAAAAAGCGUGGCUUAUUCCUUUUCUUUUCCUCAUAAUUUUACAAUUUUAUACAUAAAAUAUUUUUUCUUUCAUGGUGGCCCUAACAUUCUGUCCUAGAAAACAGCUGGAGCAGUGCCCUGUCUCAGCGGAGAGGUAGGAUCUGUAUUCCAGGACACGUGGAAGCUAAAGUUGAUGCAAAACAAAACUCUGACAUUUAGACUUUUUUUUUUUUUUGCCCCUAAAGUUUAUUUUUAAGGGAUAGCCUUCCUUUUUUAAUCAGCAUAACGGAUUCAGGAUACAAUAGAAAUCUAGAGGUCAAAUCAUCGUGAAGAGCGGUUCAGACAUCAUCACAUCACCAAACGUCUCAGGUUAUGGUGGCAUAAUAGAGUCCAGGCUGUUGGUGUGCUGAGUCAUCAUGGAAGCCGAUGCUUGGCUCAAAGAACCAAAAAAGUCAGGUUGCAUGAGCUCACAGAUGCAGCUGAUGCUGAGGGGUCGGGAUGAAUGAUGAUUGUUCUGAGUUUGACUGGGAAAAUGUAUUUAUUAGUGAGGCAGAGCACAUCGAUCUGUUUGAUGCCGUCUGUGACGCACACCUGACUGCUAGAUGAUUGAAUGAAGACAGCGGUGUCAGCUGCUGCUGUCCCGUGUGUGUGCGUGUUUGUGUGUGUGUGUGUGUGUGUGUGCGUGUUUGUGUGCGUGUGUGUGUGUUUUGUUGUUUGUGUUGUGUUCCCACCGACGCUUUAAUCGUUUGUCUGAGCGGCGUCUGCGGACGGCAAACAGCGGGGCAGAGAGUCGACCUUAUUGCAAGAAUCAAUGAGGAGUUAAACUGUCAUCGUCAUAGCAACGUCUGCCUCCCAAAUCAAUCUGCAUUAGUGGUUCAGAUGUUGUCAUGGCGACAGAAUCAGAUGUAGAACAAGUUUAAAACUCAAGAGUUUUCCGAACUUUUCGUUAAAAAAAAUAUUUAAAGGCAAAAAAGUUAUGAUUUUAUUUUUAUUUCAGGUACAUCUGUAAUGAUUUAAAUAUUGGAAAAAAGUUGUAGAAAAAUGUAUUUUAAGUAGCUAUUGCACAUUUCAAACCCUGAAUGUACUGAAAUCAACUAAAUGUUAUAAACUCAUACAGUGUCAGGGUCCAAUGGAAACCCCAACCCAUCAGUAAAGAUGGGGAGACGGUGGAGCUCUUUGGAAA